UUUGGAAAAAAAAGUGACGUCUGCAUUGAGGUGGCAGCUAAAAUGCGAAUCACGAAGGGCGGUGGCCGUUGGGUCCCGGCGGGAGGCGGGGUUUCCGCUCCCUGGGGCGCACGUCAGUCAGGAGGCGGAAGCGCAGCGGGGGCGGGAAGGUUGUAGUGCUGCCGAGUUGAGCUCCUUUUGCCUAAGUGGUCGCGCCCCCUUUAAGAGCAGCUACUGGGUGUCGAGGCGGUCCCGGCGUCCUAGCGUCCCAGAUGAUUGUGAAGUGCUGACCAACUGCCACUGGACAUAAUUGAAACAAAAUAGGAAAAUGGCAGCAAACUCUUCAGGACAAGGUUUUCAAAACAAAAAUAGAGUUGCAAUCUUGGCAGAACUGGACAAAGAGAAAAGAAAACUACUUAUGCAGAACCAGUCUUCAACAAAUCAUCCUGGAGCUAGCAUUGCACUCUCGAGACCAUCCCUUAAUAAGGACUUCCGGGAUCACGCUGAGCAGCAGCAUAUUGCAGCACAACAGAAAGCAGCUUUGCAGCAUGCUCAUGCACAUUCUUCUGGAUACUUCAUAACUCAAGACUCUGCAUUUGGGAACCUUAUUCUUCCUGUAUUACCUCGCCUUGACCCAGAAUGAAGAAAAUAUUUGUGAUGAGAAAGUGACUUUGUAAUAUCAAAUGCCAAAGCUACUAUCAUUCAGUGCUAGAUGAACUGUGACUUUCAGAAUUUUGGUGAACUCUGCUAUUUUUUGUUUGUUUAAAAGAAAGGAAUGUGGAGGUGAAAGCAGAAGAAAGGAUAACCAGGAUGAUGAGAGCUGUGGAAGCUGCGUUGUCCAAGGAAUCGAUUAUGUACCGUGACUGUAACUUUUUUUGUAAUGCUGUUUAACUCUCAAUCAGACUCUGAAUUGGAUGGUCACAAAGUCAGUCCCCAACCCCUAGCAAGUUUGACUGAAUAUAUCAUGUCCACAGUAGAUUUUCAAGAAUCAUUUAUAGUACUUAACUUAAAAGAAACAAGGGUGCUUUUAAAAAAUGAACCAAUAGGCUUAAAUCAGUUCCAUCCAUAUUUUCUAUUUAUAGGAUUGGUGUCAGUGUAACUUUUGAGUUUAUAGUCAACAUGUAUCAUCCUGAAAUAUUCUUUCUGAAUCAUAACUACUUCCCCCUUUCUCACUUUAAAGCAAACCCCAAGAAUCAAUUACUAACCAGUCUUAACCAUCUUUUAUAAACAUAUGCCCUUAUAAAUGAUGUGACUAAAUGCAAUUAAAACUAAUAGGAAAAGUGGUGGUUUUUGUACAUCCUCUUACUUAGUGUCACCACAUAAAUGGUGAGUUUGUGUGGUUCUAGUGUCCAUUUUUGUUCUAACGGAAAACGUAAUGGCCGGGCAUGGUGGCUCACGCCUGUAAUCCCAGCACUUUGGGAGGCUGAGGCAGGCAGAUCACUGGAGGUCAGGAGUUUGACACCAGGCUGGCCAACAUGGUGAAACCCUGUCUCUUACUAAAUACAAAAAUUAGCCAGGUGUGGUGGCGCUCGCCUGUAAUCCCAGCUACUUGGGAGGCUGAGGCAGGAGAACCACUUGAACCCAGGAGGCAGGGGUUGCAGUGAGUCAAGAUGGAGUCACUGCACUCCAGCCUGGGUGACAGUGAGACUUCAUCUCAAAAAAAAAAAAAAAAAAAAGAAAAGAAGAAACUUAUCACGCAAGUUGAGCUCCUUUUUAAUUACUUUAAGUAGGAAGGAGUUAGGUUAAGAAAGUCUCUCAAUAUGACCCAUCUUUAGCAGUAUCUGGGGUGCUUAUUUAAAUAUGCAGUCGCAUUACCCUACCCUAGUCCUACAGAAUUAGAAUCUGAUUCAAAAUAAAGACCAAAAACCAUGAAAUAGAGAAUUUUAUGAAAUAUCUUGUACAAAUUUUCAUGAUAUAUUUAUACAGGCAUGGGUUUGUAGAUCCCUGAAACUUAGAGGUCACUUAGCUAAAAUCUACAUUUCUUUUUAACUUUUAAUAGGAUUGAAAUGACAUUUUACACUGUAUCAUAGAGUAUUUUAUAUAACUUUUUGUAACUGACCUCAUCUUGGCCUCGAGUCCCAUCCUCUCUGGUGGUAGAGUAAAACUGAAAAUUCCAGUUUGGGUCAAUAUUUAGUGAAAGUUCUACUUUCUUUUCAGAGAGUUUCUUCUCCCCCUUCUUCCUUAGAUAUUAUCACCAAACACACAGCCCCAUCCUACUCAAACCAAGGGAAGCAAGGGUGGACAAUUCUAGAAUUGGCUGUGCCAUGUAGGUUUUUUUGAGAAUUUGAACUGAUUUCCUUCAUUUUGAUGAGGUGGCAACUGUCCCCAUUGUAAUGGUCACCAUUACAGCGAGGGCAGCCUUACUUCUGCCACUGCAGAGCUCCUCAGGGGGCCUCUGGCUCCUGUCCUUCCUCAGGUCCAUCCAGCUACUCCUUGGGCCUCCUUAUGGUAGCCCUCAUGGUCUUGAAUUAAUUUCACUAGGCUUCUGUUCUCUGUGAUCUACAACAUAAGUGACAUGGUUCUAAAUCUGUCUCUAGGGAGAUAACAGAUUAGUAUAUUUUCUACACUAUUGAAGCCUCUACCUAAUGUAUGACUUUUGUAGCUCAGGUAAAGAGACCUUUUUACCAGUGGUAUCCUUUCUAGUCUGUUAGCCUUUUAAUUAGAUGUGGUCUAAAUCCUGGCUAGGAAGCACUUCUCUCCACCCCUCUGCUUUGAGUCACAAAUUCCAUUCAAUUUCCGAUGUAUUUAUUAAUACCUACAGAUAAAGCACUGUGCUUUGGGGGACACAAAGGUGACUGGCACCUGCUCUUUUAGGAGGUCACAGUGCAGAGGAUCCUAUUCUGGUAUACCAAUAGUGUGUCCAAGCCACAGCCUGGGCAACAUAGCAAGACCCCUGUCUCUACUAAAAA